UCGGGUCUUCUGCGUAUGACGCUUCUCGGCUGACUUGACCGAUCCCUCGCAUUCUGUUCUUUCGUUCUUUCUUAGAACGAAAUCAAUCUCUAGUUAGACAUGAAUCCACACAGGUAGCAAGUAGACUUGUAACGAUGAAGCCUUUUAUUUCACCUCGAUCGCUCGGUCUGGCUUCCAAGUCUGUCAGCAACUUGUAUAAAUGUCAGCGUUCGAUUGUGUGCACUUCUCGAAGUCGAAACUAUUCGACGCAUCCGCCGAAUGCACGGCUCAACCUACCAACUGACUAUUCGACAACAUCACUAUUAUCACACAGUUCGCAAACAGCACUCAGCAAUCCCGAGUUGCCACCCGAAGCCAGGAAUGGCACAGCGAAACGUAUGAACUUUUGUCAAGCCAUUACCGACGCUCUAUCAACCGCACUUGCCGAAGACGAGAAUGUCCUGGUAUUUGGCGAAGAUGUCGCUUUCGGAGGUGUGUUCCGUUGCACGGUGAAACUGUCAGAGAGAUUCGGGGGUGCUCGUGUAUUUAAUACACCCCUGACGGAACAAGGUAUCAUGGGCUUUGCCAUUGGCUUGGCCGCCGAGGGAAUGCGACCGGUAGCCGAAAUUCAGUUUGCGGAUUAUGUAUAUCCUGCGUUUGACCAAUUGGUAAAUGAGGCUGCAAAAUACAGAUACCGUGAAGGCAAGACGGGGAGAAACGCGGGCGGGUUGACGGUGAGAAUGCCGUGCGGAAGUGUUGGUCACGGCGCACUAUAUCAUUCGCAAUCACCUGAGAGUCUCUUCACUCAUAUUCCUGGUCUUAGAGUGAUAAUGCCGAGGUCGCCAAUACAGGCAAAGGGUCUCCUGUUAUCAGCAAUCCGGAGCAACGACCCAUGUGUCUUUAUGGAGCCCAAGAUUCUGUAUAGAGCAGCCGUCGAACAGGUACCAACAGCUCCAUACACCUUACCACUCUCCAAAGCGGAAGUACUCAAGGAGGGCAAAGACAUAACUAUAAUCUCGUACGGACAGCCGCUCUACAUUUGCAACGCAGCCAUCGAGAAGGCGGAGGAAGAUUUCGGAGUCUCUAUAGAACUCAUCGAUCUGCGAACCGUAUAUCCAUGGGAUAAAGAAUGCGUCUUCGAGAGCGUACGAAAAACGGGAAGAUGCAUGGUAGUGCACGAAGCCAUGGUCAAUGCAGGAAUAGGGGCCGAAGUGGCAGCGGCAAUACAAGAGAAUCCGGAUACGUUCAACCACCUCUCAGCUCCAGUGUCGCGAAUAGCAGGAUGGAGCACUUUCACCCCACUGAUGUUUGAGGCAUUCAAUAUUCCCGAUGUCGCUAGAAUAUACGAUGGUGUGAAGAAACUGUUAGAAUAUUAAAUCAAUGGAAGAGUAAGAUUUGCGAAUAUGCUUGCUGUAGUAGGUAUAAGAGGGUAUGAGAAAGUAUAUAGUCGAUCCAUGAAGACCAGAUGAAAUAAUCGCAUAAGAGAUCUAAAAAUAUUGUUGUUUUAUGAA